AUGACGGAUGGUAAUCAAGGUGUUGAGAGGAGUGGACAAGAACAGGAACAGAUACAGGAAGAGGAAGAAAUAAAUGCUGUACAGAUCGACAGCGAGACGAGCAAGGAUAUCGGCCAUGAAGAUAUGAAAGGAUCAAUGUCACCUUUUGUGAAGAAUGGAGAGGAAGGGGAACAGAGGGAAAUGAACAAUGCACAGAUGGACAGCGAGACGAGUAAGUCGGAUGGCCAUUUAGAAUCGGACAAACUAGUAUUCAAAGAUCCACUGUCGACUGCGAAGAUUGAUGAAAGUGAUGAGAGUGAUGAGAGUGAUGAAGACAAGGAAGAGCUGCUGGUGGUUUUGGAACUGUGUGAUUUUAAAAAUCAUCCUUUGUUUGACGACUACAGUUCCGCGACACUUGAGGGCAUUGACACAGCAAAGCCGAUGCUGAAAAUUGGAGAAUAUGAAUUAUAUGGACAACUUGAGGAGACCGUUGGCACGACUUACUUUUACGAUACGGAUACAUCUGGUGUGUCGAACAAGGAAUACCAAUUUGCAGGCCAGACAAUUAAGAAGAUCAAGUUUACCAUUGCACCACCCGAAGAUUUGUAA